GCCUUAGAAUUCUCUCUUGGGACUUCUCUCCUCCCCAGCAAGACCAUGUGUACCAGCCUGACCACUUGUGAGUGGAAGAAAGUUUUCUAUGAGAAGAUGGAGGUGGCAAAGCCAGCUGACAGCUGGGAACUCAUCAUAGACCCCAACCUCAAGCCCAACGAGCUGGCCCCUGGCUGGAAGCAGUAUCUGGAGCAACAUGCCUCAGGCAGGUUCCACUGCUCCUGGUGCUGGCACACCUGGCAGUCGGCCCACGUGGUCAUCCUCUUCCACAUGUACCUGGACCGCGCGCAGCGGGCGGGCUCGGUGCGCAUGCGCGUGUUCAAGCAGCUGUGCCACGAGUGCGGCACGGCGCGGCUGGACGAGUCGAGCAUGCUGGAGGAGAACAUCGAGGGCCUGGUGGACAACCUCAUCACCAGCCUGCGCGAGCAGUGCUACGAUGAAGACGGCGGCCAGUACCGCAUCCACGUGGCCGGCCGCCCGGACGCGGGCCCGCACCGCCCCGAGUUCUGCGAGGCCUGCCAGGAGGGCAUCGCGCACUGGAAGCCCAGCGAGAAGCUGCUGGAAGAGGAGGCCUCCACCUACGCCAUCUCAGGGGCCCCCAGGCCAAGCGCCCAGGACGCUGCGGGCUACAGCUUCCUCUCCCUUCGCUGGUGCCUGGUCGGGGCCUCCGUCUGCCUCCUCCUGGUCUACCUGCAGCUCUCCUUCCGCGGCUCCGCCCUCCUGUAG